AUGUCUCUUUCAUCUUUACUACCACAACCAAAACAAAACUAUAAACAAGAGGAAGAUCAUCCUUUGUUUCAAAAGACAACAAUUAAUAAUAACAAUAAUAAUAAUAAUAAUGUUAGUAACAAAAAGAGUAAUAUAGUUGUACCACCAUACGGUAAUAGAAGAGGAUAUCAACCAAAGAAUAUACAAGACUUUGGAGAUGGAGGAGCAUUCCCAGAGAUACAUAUGGCACAGUACCCGUUGAAUAUGGGUCGCAAGAAAGCUACGACCAACGCGGGUGGCAACUUGUUGGCAGAUGCAAAGAAAUUGACGAGUAGAGAUAUAGUAACGGCAAAGGUCGAUGAACAAGGGUUGAUAAAGUACGACAGUGUACUCGGUAUUGACAAGAGCAAGAUCGUGUACUCGCAAUACAAAGAUUUGAUACCGACACAGUUUAGUCAGACCGAGUUGGAGAGACCGACCGACGAAGACACUGAAGAGAUCACCAACAAGACUAAAGAGGCACUUGAAAAGAUCGUCAAUCGCAAGAUUGCUGUCGCGCAACCCAAAGGCUACGUGGAGAAGCAGGGUGCCAUCAGCUAUGUAAAAUACACGCCCAGCUACCAAGCAGGCGCCACCGACGGUGAGAAUCAAUCGCGUGUUGUGCGUAUGGUCGAGAAGGCACAGGAUCCACUCGAGCCACCAAAGUUCAAGAUCAGAAAAGAGGCUCAUCGUCCACGCUCUCCUCCACCACCAGUCAUGCACUCGCCCGAGAGAAAGCUGUCAAAGGCAGAGUUGGACGAGUGGACCAUCCCUCCAUGCGUCUCGAAUUGGGUCAACAAUGGAGGUUUCACAAUCGCAUUGGACAAGCGUCUCAUGGCCGAUGGACGUCAUCUGCAACGACCAGAAAUCAACGAUAAAUUUGCACAUCUCUCACAGGCACUCUACAUUGCAGAGAAUCAGUCGAGAGAAGAAGUAACAGCUCGUGCCGAAUUGGAAAAGAAGUUGGCUCAAAAGGACAAGGAAAGAAAACAAGAUAUGCUCAGAAAAUUGGCUGAAGAUGUUCGUAAUGAACGUUCCUCUUAUGGUGGUGGUGGUGGUAGCAGUGCGUCUCGUCAUUCUCAACAAGAUGAUCAAAGCGAUGAUGAAUUGGAAAAGAUUCAAAUUAAAAGAGAAAUUGAAGAAGAAGAAGAAGAAGAUAGACGUCCUGUUGAUCGUGAUGAUAGAAGAGAUGAUAGAGGAGGAAGAGACUAUCGUGAUGGUGGUGGUAGAGCAGACAAUCAUCAUAACAGAGAAGAGAACAGACAUCAUGAUAGAGACCAUCGUAGUGAUGAUCGUAGAAGAGAUGAUAGAGACCAUCGUGACAUUAGAAGAGAUGACCAUCGUAGUGAUGAUCGUAGAAGAGAUGAUAGAGACCACGAUAGAAGAGACGAUCAUAGAGGAGGAAGAGAUUACAACAAUAGAGACAACAGAGACAAUAGAGACAAUAGAGACAACUACAUUAGAAGAGAUGACCGCGAUCAUAGAGAUAGAAGAGAUGAUACUCGUGGUGAUAGAGAUAGAAGAGAUGACAGAGACCAUCGUGGUGGUGACCGUAGAAGAGAUGAAGAAGAACAACAAGAUAGACAUAGAACCAAUAAUAGUCGAAGACAAAAGGAAGAAAGUGAUGAUGAAGGAUCUGGAGAUGAAAGUAAAUUGACUGAAAAGGAAAAGAGAGAUAGAGAUAGAAUUAGACUUGAAAAAAAGAGAGAAAGAGAAAGAGAAUAUCGUUUGGAAGCAUCUGGAAAGAAAUCCAAGAUGACAAGAGACCAAGACAGAGAUAUCUCUGAAAAAAUUGCACUUGGACAAAUUACUGGUGUUCGUACCGAAGAUUCACUCUUUGAUCAACGUCUCUUUAAUCAAUCAGAGGGAAUGUCGAGUGGAUUCAAUGGUGGUGAUGAUGAAUCCUACAAUGUAUAUGACAAACCUCUCUUUACCGAUCGUGUUGCCAAUUCAAUCUAUCGACCUCGUGGUGGUGCAUCAAUCGAUGACGACGCUGAAGCAUCGAUAGAAGAUACACUAAAGACUGCAAGAUUCAAGCCACACAAAGAAUUUAGUGGUACCGAUGCUUCCAAGGUCAGAAGUGGCCCAGUCAUGUUUGAAGUUGAAAAGAAGAAACAAAAAGAAGAUGAUCCAUUUGGUAUGGAUGAAUUCCUUUCACAAGCUAAAAAGGAAAUUAUUAUUUUAUUUAAUUUUUAUGAUCAAAAUCAUUCGUCAUUCGUUCGUUUCAGGUUUCAAAAAAAAAAUGGUGUCUUUAGCAUAUGUAAUGCAAAGAAAGGAGGACAAGAGAGUUUGAAGAGUAAAGAAAUGAAAACAUCAUCAACAUGGUUAGCAUCAUUACCCAAUAAGUUUUAUGCUGUUGCACCAAUGGCAGAUGUAACAGAUUAUUCAUUUAGACAACUCAUUGCUUUGAAAUCAAAAGGUCAUCUUUACAAGAACAGUAGUAAUAGUACUACUCCUCCUCAAUCAACACAUAUAAGUUGGACAGAGUUUGUUAAUGUCAAUGGGAUGAAUUAUUAUCCUGAAAGAUUCAUUAAACAAGAUUUAGCAUUUCAUGAAAUUCAAAGACCUAUUGUAGCUCAAUUAUUUGGAUGUGACCCUGAAGCAUUUAAAAAGGCGGCCUCAUUGGUAAAGGAUUUGGGUUUUGAUGCAGUUGAUAUUAAUAUGGGAUGUCCUGUAAGAAAGGUAUUGAAACAAUCUGCUGGAUCUGCAUUGAUUGUUCAACCAGACCUAGCAAGAGAUAUUAUCAUUGCAACAAGAGAAGGUGUAGAUAAUAGCAUACCAGUAUUUGUAAAGACUAGAAUUGGAUUUGAAGAGAAUGAAAUGGAUCGUUGGAUACCUCAAUUGGUCGAUGCACAACCAGACGCUAUUUCAUUGCACUUGAGAACGAAAAAGGAGUUGUCAGACUGUCCAGCACAUUGGGAAUUGGUAGAUAAAUUCAUAUCAACUGUAGAAGAUAGAGUUGGUGGUAGUGCAUCAACCCUUAGGAGACCACUACUAAUAGCCAAUGGAGAUAUCGAUUCAAGACAUGAAGCAAAGGAGAAAUUGGAAUCCUACAAAAGAUUGAAUGGUGUGAUGGUUGGAAGAGGGUUGUACGGCAACCCAUGGUUCUUUUGUGAAGAUGAUAAAUACAACUUUGGAAGAGACCAACCUAUACCAUCUAUCAACUCUCAAGAGGCAGUAGACACCAUCUAUGAAGUAUUCAAGACGCUGAUUGAGUUUUCAAUCAUCCUGGAACAGAGACAGAAAAAGGUAGGUCCUUCAUUAUCGGCACACAUCCGGAGGUUAUUGUCUCCCGUGAGCCGGCUCGGUAUUGCAAAUAUCGCAGUUCUCAGGUCAACCAUUAUCGAGUGUCAAAACGUAGACGAUAUUAUCGCUCAUGUCAACCUAUUUUUGCACAAUAUCACGUUGAACAGCGAUAUUGUCAGACAGUCUGCUAUCGAUGUUAAAAAAUCAAACAACCCAACAAUUAUUGAUCAUAGUGUUGGGCAACCUUCUAACAACAACAACAAUACUACUUCUUCUAGCUUGUCGGUACAAUUAAAAGAUAUUUUGUAUGACAAGGAAAAUAUCAAACAAGGAAUUGAUGAACAAAUUGGUGUCAACAACAACAACCACAUCACAGAAACAACAACCACAAAUCAACAACAUUGUGUGAUAGCUAUAGAUGUUGUAGAAUUAACAAAUAAUAAUAAUAAUAAUAAUAAUCAAAAAUAG